AUGCGUACGGCAAUCACGUCCACACCUAUGGGCUUCUGGGGACCACCUACCUCUACCAUUGACUGGUGCGAAUCCAACUACACAUACAACUACUAUAUCGCCGAGUUCUGGAACACCGUUAGCAACUUGCUCUUCGUCUUACUAGGUCUCUAUGGUCUCUAUCGCAGUAUCAAGAUGGGAUUUGAGCCCCGUUUCCAUCUACAAUUCAUCGGUGUGAUGGUUACAGGCUUUGGGUCUGCCAUGUUCCAUGGUACACUGCAGCACGUGUAUCAGCAAUGUGAUGAGACGCCCAUGGUCUGGUCCAUCUUAGCAUGGAUCUACACCGUCUACAACAACGAGAUCGAGCAGAUCCCUAUCAAGAAUGCCAACAAUUAUGUGAUUGUAUUCUUGACGACAAUUGGUGUCAUGUUUACGGCAGUGCACGCUAUCUAUCGGUUCACAACGGUCUUCCAGCUCUUCUUUGGCAUCCUCGCUUCCCUCGCGUGCGCGCGUCUGUGCAUGUACUACACGGAGGUGACGGAUCCCCCGUGCAAAAGCAGUAGCGAGGGUCAUGCCUGGUGGCACAUUUUCAUGGGAAUUUCGUCGUACUACGGUCCGAUCUUCAUGCAGUAUGUGCGAAUGGAGCAGCUCAAGAAGAAGGCGUACAUUCAAGACACAUGCGUCGGUUUUCAGACUAUCGUCGUGGAGGAUAUAGGGUUUGGCAGUCCACCAAAGGCGAAACAGCUGUAG